AAACAAACCAAACCAACAAGAGAGGCGUGUAUAAUAGAAUCACCGAUGACAACACAAUAUCUCCGUACAACCACCUCAAUUUGCAGAGCAAAAAAAGUAAAAAUGGCAGAGAAAGCUUCUCAAUCAAUAGAAAAAGGAGAAAAUGAGAAGGCAAACAGUAUCAGUAUAUGCGGAAUGCAAUUCGCAUACGCAGGACAGCAUCCACUCUUCUACGAUUUCAAUCUCAACAUCUCUCCCGGAUCUCGUUGCCUUCUCGUCGGCGCUAACGGAUCCGUACAGGGAAGACCACUUUGCUGAAAAUAAUGGCAGGGAAGCAUAUGGUAGGAGGGAAAGAUGUGGUGCGGGUGAUAAAUGGUUCGGCUUUUCAUGAUACGCAAUUGGUUUGUAGCGGUGACUUGGCUUAUUUAGGAGGUUCUUGGAGUAAAACUGUUGGAUCUGCUGGAGAGAUUCCACUACAGGGCGACUUCUCUGCGGAACAUAUGAUAUUUGGAGUUGAAGGGACUGAUCCUGUUAGAAGAGAAAAGUUGAUUGACCUGCUUGACAUUGAUCUGCAAUGGCGAAUGCACAAGGUAUCUGAUGGGCAGCGGCGAAGAGUCCAGAUUUGCAUGGGUCUUCUCCAUCCAUUUAAGGUUCUUUUACUUGAUGAAGUUACAGUCGAUCUAGAUGUUGUUGCCAGGAUGGAUUUGCUUGAGUUCUUCAAGGAAGAGUGUGAUCAGAGAGGAGCUACAAUUGUAUAUGCUACUCAUAUUUUUGAUGGGUUAGAGACUUGGGCAACUCAUCUAGCUUACAUACAAGACGGUGAGCUGAGGAGGGCUGAGAAGCUAACGGAGGUUCAUGAGUUGAAAAGCUCAGCCAAUCUGCUUUCUGUUGUUGAGUCUUGGCUUCGCUAUGAAACCAAGAGUGAGAAAAAGAAACCCACCAACCCUCCUGCCCAAAAUCAAAAGACCUCUCCUCUUGGUAGUUCUCCUUUCAUGUCAUCUAGACACAUGGCAUACUACCGUUGAUCCUUCCCAGAUCAAUUGUUUCCGUCGUUUUUUUCAAAUUCAAAGCUGGAUAUAGAAGAAAAUAAAUGAAAAGGCUAGAGAUGCCCAUGAGCUCGCAAGGAAAGUGGUGAAAGCUAUUUAAGCUGGUUAUUUUUGGUACAUGCUUGUAUACUGCUUGAUUGAUAACAUGAAAUAUAAAUUUUCCCUUUCUUGUAGCUCCCUGUAUUAACGAUGAUAAAGGAAGGGCAUGCUGUUGGUUUGCAUAA